CCGACUUACGAGUGUGGUUCUGGAAGUUUACCAACUGGUACGAGUACGACCGGGGAUACCCUUCGGCCGCCGUUCUCCACUUCUCCUACGUAGCGCGGAGACGAAGCUUUCUCGCAGAGGGAUCGAUGGGAACCCAUCGAAUCACGCUUUCUCUGACGAUCACGUGUCUUUGCUCGCUGUGGAUCGGUGGAUUCGCCUCCCUCUUGGCUCGCGAGUUUCUAGGAAUCGCUCCCCAAGAUGAGGGUUACUAUAAGUUGGAUGUGAUCAAAUGCAAGGACGGAUCGAAGAAAUUCACCAAGCAACAGCUGAAUGAUGAGUUCUGCGACUGUGUCGAUGGAACUGACGAGCCGGGUACAUCAGCCUGUCCAGAAGGCAAAUUCUACUGCCGGAACUUGGGCCACACUCCACAGAUUAUCUUCUCCUCCCGAGUAAACGAUGGUCUUUGUGAUUGUUGUGAUGGAAGUGAUGAAUACAAUGGCAAUAUAAAGUGCUCAAAUACAUGUUGGGAAGCUGGGAAAGCAGCACGAGAGAGAUUGAAGAAGAAGAUAGAAAGACAUCAGGAUGGUAUAGUUAUCCGUAAACAAGAAGUUGAAAAGGCAAAACAAGCGUUUCUGAAAGAGGAAGCUGAGCUAUCAAAACUGAAAAAUGAAGAGAAGAUACUUAAAGGACUAGUUGAGAAACUGAGAGAGCAUAAAGAAAGGAUAAAGCAAGUAGAGGAAGAAGAACGUUUGAAAAAGGAGAAAGAAGAAGAGAGACAGAGAGUAGCUGAAACAAAAUCAAAUGAACAGAAGAAAUUAUCUGAUGAAUAUCCGCAAGAUCUGACUGAGGAGACUCAGGACAAGCUGGAAAGGACUAGUCAGGACAAGACAGAAGUACAGCAUGAAUCCACAGUUCAAGCGGGAAAUGAGUACAAAUCUGGGAAUGAGAUUCCUGCUGAUCGCACAGUGGAUCAGUACAUUAGAGAUGAUCAUGGUUCUGAUCAUGCAAGUGAUGAGGUGGUACCUUCAGAUCAUGCAACAAAUCAGCAUGUGCUAGAAGACAAAGAUAUUGCUACAUUUAAAGCUAGAGCUAGUGAGGAAACUGGAGCCAAAGAGGUCCAUCCAGACUAUGCUGCAGAGCAGGAGCAGAGUCCUGAGACAGCUGAGGGCUUAUCAAGAGAAGAGUUGGGUCGCCUUGUAGCCUCUAGAUGGACUGGUGAAGUCUCUGACAAAGAGACAAAAGAACACAAUGAUAGAAUAGAGGAAGAGGAAGAGGAAGAGGAAGAAAAUCAUAAUUUUGCUGAGAGGGUAGAAGAAGAAAAUUAUGAUAGUUAUCAUUCUGACAUUGAUGACCAUGGACACCAGAAUGAUGAGGGCGAGGAUGAUGAUAAUGAUUUUGAAGAUGAUGCAGAUGAGCAGUAUGGCAAAGAUAAUAUUGAACAUGAUGAUUCCAGUUACUCUGACAAAGAUUUUAAAUCAGAGUUUCCAGAUACAACUCCUGGUAGCCUAUCAUGGCUUGAGAAGAUACAACACACUGUUCAAAAUGUCAUUCAAACAUUCAACUUUUUCAAGGCUCCUGUAAAUAUAUCAGAGUCUUCUCAAGUGAAUAAGGAGUAUGAUGAUGCAAGCUCAAAACUGUCCAAGUUACAAUCAAGGAUUUCCAGUCUAUCCGAGAAGCUACAGCAUGAUUUUGGGAAGGAGAAAGAGUUUUAUUCGUUUUAUGAUCAUUGCUUUGAGAGAAAACAGAACAAGUAUGUCUACAAGGUCUGCCCAUUUAAAAAAGCAUCCCAAGUUGAAGGACAUAGCACUACACAGUUAGGGCGAUGGGAAAGAUUCGAAGAGUCUUACAGUGUGAUGCAAUUUUUAAAUGGAGACAGAUGCUGGAAUGGUCCAGAUAGAAGUUUAAAGAUAAGGCUCAGAUGUGGCUUGAAAGAUGAACUUAUGGAUGUUGACGAACCAAGCCGAUGCGAGUAUGCUGCAAUUCUCACAACGCCUAUCUUGUGUCAAGAAGAGAAGUUGAAGGAACUACAACAAAAACUAGAGGAUCUGAACAAAAAUCAACCCUCGACUCACGACGAGCUAUAGUUUUCACUCUCGAGUUAGCUCUGAAGAGCAACACACUUCACAGUAGAUUGAGAACCAAGCGUUAUUUAUUGAGAAAACAUCAUGAGGCACCUCCCGAUUAUUUCCAGGCUCGCUUCUUUUGAUGUUGUUAUUCUUUUUAUGCAUUCCAGGCAAGCUACGAUUAAUCUUUUCUUUAAAUUUUGGUAAGGCAACCAUGGAUUAGUGUGUACUUUUGUUAUGGGUUUAUUUCAUAUAAGAUCUGAUCUGAGGUAAA